UCCCUUUUUUUAAUAUAAAUGUUUGUUGCUGUUCUCUCGAAUCAUUCCUUAGAAAGAUUUUCACUUUCCAAUUGCUUCACUGUCUUGUCGAUCCUGCUUCUCAUUUUUUUCUUCAUUUUUUUUUUUACUUUUAAGCUCUGAAAACCCCCAAAAUUUUUUGAAAAUUCAAAUUUUGGAGAAGAAAGGCGAGACAAAAUCGUCUUUGAAUUCUCUUCGUUUAUGAUCUGUUCAAUUAGAGGAACGAUCGUGAUUGCUACUGGAAACUCAUUUCCCAGAUUACCCAUAAAAAAAUCAUCUGGAUUUCAUGUGAACGGGUCUCGAAUUCGAAAUGGUUUCCAGAUUAAUGUCGCAGAUUUUCGACUUUCAUCAGUGUCGGUGGACGCGGUGCCAAUGAGGUUAAGAUCAUCACAGAAGAGGAAGAAGAGGAACAUCGGUUGUGGUGUUUCCCCUUCUUCGCCGUCGGCGACGACGACAGUGGUUGAUGAUGAAGUGGCUGUUAGACGGAAUUUGGCAAUGAGGCGGGUUUUGGAGGAUAACGGUGGCGAUGGAAGCUCCGUCAGAGAUUUCUCGCUAUUCACGUCCAAGAGAGGUGACACGUUGUUCACUCAGUCAUGGACACCUGUUGACUCCACUAAGAUCAGGGGACUUGUUGUUCUGCUACAUGGUCUGAACGAACACAGUGGCAGGUAUAGUGAUUUCGCAAAGCAGCUAAAUGUUAUAGGAUUCAAGGUCUAUGGAAUAGAUUGGAUCGGUCAUGGUGGAAGCGAUGGACUUCAUGCUUAUGUUCCUUCUCUUGAUUAUGCUGUCGCUGAUUUGAAAUCGUUUUUGGAGAAGGUAAUUGCAGAAAACCCGGGAAUGCCCUGUUUCUGCGUUGGCCAUUCAACAGGAGGAGCCAUCAUUUUAAAGGCUAUGCUUGAUGCAAAGAUCGAAGCUCGAGUUGCAGGGAUUGUGCUAACUUCACCCGCAGUUGGAGUCCAACCAUCUCAUCCUAUCUUCGGCGUAAUUGCACCGGUCCUUGCGCUGCUCAUACCGAGAUAUCAACUAAGUGCUGCAAAAAAGAAAAUAAUGCCGGUUUCUCGUGACCCGGAAGCUGUUGUGGCCAAAUACUCUGACCCAUUAGUCUACACUGGGUUUAUCCGAGCAAGAACCGGUAACGAGAUCCUAAGACUUGGUGCCCAUUUGCUGCGGAAUCUGAACAGAAUCAAGGUCCCAUUUCUUGUGCUACACGGAACAGCUGAUACAGUUACUGAUCCCAAAGGUACUCAGAAGCUAUACGAGGAGGCUUCCUCGUUGGAUAAGUCAAUCAAGCUGUUCGAUGGGUUGCUUCACGAUCUGCUCUUUGAACCAGAACGGGAAAGUAUCGCUGGGGUCAUAUUGGAUUGGCUACACCAGCGGGUUUAAAUUGGUCAAACCAAAUGUAGCAGCUCAAAUGCGACGAAAGAAAGACCUAAUAAGAGUUUCUCUGUUUCUUAGGUUUGAUCUCGACACCAUUUUGGUUUCACGUACAUUUUAUUGUAAUGAAUAUACGAUUUUGUAACAAUGUAAGUGGUUGUCGUAACCAUUUCUUGUAUAAAUGAUAGUUACUAGAAGACUACUAGUUCUUCA